AUGACCAUUCUUUGGAGUUGUGUCAUCACUCUGAUCGCUUGCCUAUAUACAGCGCUUCAUCUUAACGUCCCCGGCGAUACAAAGGCUCUUCCAAUGCUUCGGGAAAAAUUCAAAUGGGUAGUGAUCGGGCUUGUGGCUCCAGAAGUCGUGCUUUAUCUUGCUUCAUCACAGUUUCUUGACGCCAGACGACUUUCCAAGGAGUUGACACUUUUAUGGCGGCAGCAACACCAGUCUGAAACCGACAGCACUCUAUUGGGCGAAUCACAACAACAAAAUGGCAGCAAGGUUCCGUGUUUUGACAUAAAAUAUGGCUUUUUCGUAAUAAUGGGUGGCCUCGAGGUCGACGUCAGCAAGUUUGAGCACUUCACAGGACAUUGGGCAGCUCGAGGAACACUGCAAUCUGGCACAUUACGGCUAUCAGUCAACGGCGUCCUCCAACUUGCAAGAAUGGGCCACUUUCUACCCAUUGAACGAUCCAAGAUCAACGACAAAAGCAAAGCAGAUACACUGCAAAAGGUGCUUGUCAUGACGCAGGUCAUUUGGAUGGCGACUCAGUGUAUUUUCCGAUUGGGAUAUGGACUCCCGAUCUCGCUCUUGGAGAUACAUACAAUGGUACAUGUUAUAUGCGCUGUCGUAAUGUUUAUGUUCUGGAUCAAGAAGCCAAAAGACUUAUUGGAUCCAGAUUGGGUCGACACGACCAAAUUUGAGGAUAUUACUGCUCUCAUGGUUCAAGAACAGUUUCACUGGAAUAAAAGCGAUGAGUUCAUUUUGUAUGCCAAACCAUCAGCCGAUGAAGACAAUGAUAUCCAAGAGCAAGCUGCGCUGGUCUGGGUGCACUCUACAGAUACGUCUCGACGCAAGUAUCUCAAAGACGAAGAAGGCUCAGCUCAAGAAGUAAAUUGGGUCGAAGAUGAUGGAAAUCGUAUUAUGUUGAAAACAGGCGAGGUCCUCCCUUCUGGUCUUGGGCUUGUUGCCAGAUCCUCUAGCUGGGAGACGGAGACUAUUCAGCGAAAGGUUCUGCCCUCGUGGUACGAUGAACAUAGAUACGAUGAUCCUUGGGACAUUCCAGACAGCAUUUGGAUCACCGAAUGGGUUGAGGCUGAGCCAGUUCCCCCGACCGUGGAUCUGUAUCCCGAGGAUAUUCAACGAUGGAACCAUGUUAUACGGGCAAUCGAGAAUCUCGACGGGCAAAUUCAGGAGCCACAGCCGUUCCGUGGCAGUCAUCAAAGAGCUCGAUACCAGGAUCAAAACUUUCACAACGCCUUUUUACGAUCCGCCGGAAACUUUCAGUACUCAGAAGAGAGCCGGGUUGACCCAGAUCAGAUUCUUAGCUUUAUUGUCGAUAACCCCAUCCUGCUAGUCCUCCUCCUCGUUCUCCCGGGUCUAUACGGCGGCAUCCAUCUUGGAACAGCACAAAUACUGUUCCCCACUGAUCUAGAGAAGCUUCUUUGGAGAAUUGCAUCCAUUGACAUCAUCGUCUCGAUGCCCAUAUUUCUGUUAAUAUCUGUCCUUGGCCUUGGCUUUUCCCAACGAUAUCUCAAGUACGAAUCUAUUACGCAUGACUCAUGGGCCACUUUUUACAAAUUUCCGGCACAUCUUAUUUUUCUCGCAUACAGUCUCUCAAGAAUGUUUCUCGUCAUUGAAUCUUUUAUUAGUCUUAGAGCACUUCCGAUAGGGGCCUACUGGACACCUUCGUGGUUGCAGAUGAUACCGCAUGUUUGA